CAGUUUGAAUCCCUGACACCACAUAUGGUCCCCCAAGCACCACCAAAGGCUACUCCUCAAUACAGAAUUGGGAGCAAUCCUAGAACACUGCUGAGUGUGGACAGAAAACUCAACCACCCCCCAUAAAACCCCCCAAAACUAAGAGCUCCUCAGAUGAUGCAAAGCCAUCCCCAAAGGCUUGUUUUUACAGAAGAUAGCUUCGGGGUGUGAGCCAGAGCUGAUCAAGGAUCAAAGCACGGCUGGUCCUGGUCAUGGCUCCCUGAUCUGGCUCACGCUCCCACGCUCCCACGCUCCCACGCCUCCGCUCUGCGAGCCGUCAGCCUGCCGCCGCCACGGGUUCAGCCCAUCACCACCUGCAGCCUGGCCAUGAGACCCACAGGCUCCCGCACAGAGAAAGCAGCACCCCAAUCUCACAGAAGCACCCCAGUGAAGACACUCUCACAAAGGCCUGGUCUGUGCACUGCCCGUUGCACGUUGGCACGGAGUUCUCUGCCAGGGCAGCCAGAAGGUAGGGAAGAAGAAAGGGCGUCGGCGGGAGAUGGAACCACGAGUUGGGGCCCCUCUGCUCCCGCACAGACCCCGCCCUGCUCAUCUGUCCCACUCCCGCGGGGCGCUGCGGGGACCCCCUGAUGGAGGGCGGACCCGGUGCGCGCCCCGCCCCGCCCCUGGCUGUUAUAAGCCUCGAUCAGGUGCUGCCGCCCGCCGCCCGCCCGCCCUCCGCCCGCCGCCGCCCAUGGCCUGGAACACGGACCUCCGCUGGCGGCUGCCCGCCACCUGCCUGUUACUGCAGGUGGCCCUGGUGGUCCUCUUCGGCGUCUUCGUGCGCUAUGACCCCGACGCCGACGCGCACUGGCCGCAGGAGACUCGCUUGAGGAACAUUUCCAGCGACCUGGAAAACGAGUUCUACUACCGGUACCCUAGCUUCCAGGAUGUGCAUGUCAUGAUCUUCGUGGGCUUCGGCUUCCUCAUGACCUUCUUGCAGCGCUACGGCUACAGCGCCGUGGGCUUCAACUUCCUGCUGGCGGCCUUUGGUAUCCAGUGGGCGCUGCUCAUGCAGGGCUGGUUCCACUCCUUCCAGGAUGGCCACAUCCUCCUGAGCGUGGAGAACCUCAUCAAUGCUGACUUCUGCGUGGGCUCCGUCUGCGUGGCCUUCGGGGCGGUCCUGGGCAAAGUCAGCCCUGUGCAGCUGCUCCUCAUGACCCUCUUCCAAGUGACUCUCUUUGCCGUGAAUGAGUUCAUUCUCCUCAACCUGCUAGGGGUGAAGGACGCGGGGGGCUCCAUGACCAUCCACACGUUCGGUGCCUACUUUGGCCUCACUGUGACCUGGAUUCUCCAGCGCCCCAACCUGCAUCAGAGCAAAGUGAGGCAGAGCGCCAUCUACCACUCUGACCUCUUCGCCAUGAUCGGCACCCUUUUCCUGUGGAUGUACUGGCCCAGCUUCAACUCGGCCGUGUCCAAGCAUGGGGACGCCCAGCACCGCGCGGCCAUCAACACCUACUGCUCCCUGGCGGCCUGCGUGCUGACCUCUGUGGCGCUGUCCAGCACCCUGCACAAGAAGGGCAAGCUGGACAUGGUGCAUGUCCAGAAUGCCACGCUGGCCGGCGGGGUGGCGGUGGGCACCGCGGCCGAGAUGAUGCUCAUGCCUUAUGGCUCCCUGCUCGUUGGCUUCGUCUGUGGCCUCGUGUCCACGCUGGGCUUUGUCUACUUAACACCCUUCCUGGAGUCACGGCUGCGGAUUCAGGACACGUGUGGGAUCCACAACCUGCACGGCCUCCCCGGCGUCAUUGGCGCCAUUGUGGGCGCCGUGACAGCGGCCUGCGCCAGCAGCGAGGUGUAUGGAGAGGAAGGCCUUGUCCAUGCCUUUGACUUUGAAGACUCCAAACGGAACUGGACAGCCAGCACGCAGGGCAAGUUCCAGGCUGCUGGACUCUUCGUGUCCCUGGCCAUGGCCCUGGUGGGCGGAAGCAUCGUGGGGGUCAUUCUGAAGUUGCCCUUCUGGGGACAAGCCGCAGAUGAGAACUGCUUCGAGGACGCCAUCUACUGGGAAGUGCCUGAGGCUGCCCUGGGGCCCGAGGACCCCACCCACAAGCCCUCAGAACCUUAAGUCCCUGGGGCAGAUGAAAAGCAGGCUCUGAAGAUCGUGCCUGGAUCCUGAGGGGGCCGGGAGCUUGCAGGCCUCCUCCCUGUCCUUCCGCUUCACCGGGGGGCUUCUGAGAAGGCAGAGGAGACGCUGCAGCAAAGGGAGUGC